AUUAGGGUUGCGCCAUUAGCCAUAAAUCCGAACUCGCUUGCUCCUUCAGCUUCUCCUUCCGGAUUCAAUACCCUUUCCUAUCGUUGAUCUUGACUCAUUAGGGUUUUCAAGGUCUGAUCCUUUGCUUCAAGACAUGGGAGGGGGCAACGGGCAAAAGGCAAAGAUGGCUCGUGAGAAGAACAUGGAGAAGAUGAAGGCUUCGAAAGGAAGCCAGCUGGAGACAAACAAGAAAGCGAUGACGAUCCAGUGCAAGGUGUGUAUGCAAACAUUUAUGUGCACCACAUCAGAGGUGAAGUGCAGGGAGCAUGCUGAGGCUAAGCACCCUAAAUCUGACCUCUAUGCUUGUUUUCCCCAUCUUAAGAAGUGAACUAUUCUGGGGAGAGUUUGUGGAGACCUGUUGAUAUCCCUGUGGCCUUUUCCGCAAUCUACAUAAGUAUAUUUCUUGAGUUCUGUUUGUGUUAUAUUAAUUUGUCUUCUGUGUAGGUGCAUAUUGCGGGGACUAUGGAGGCCUUUCGUCCCCUUGAUAAAGUGAAAGAAACCUUGAAAUACUGCUUAAUGAUACUGGUGUUCCUUGGAAAACAUGCAUUCUGAUUUAUCCCAUGUCUGAAUCAGAAACGGCUAUUUUGGCCUCGUAUUU